GAACUGAUUCGAACAAUAUCAAAAUGUUCAGCAAAAUCGUAGCUUUCGGAGCUCUGCUCGCAGCGGCCAGCGCUGGCUACUACCCAGGACACGGCCAUGCUGUUUCAUCCCAAAGCAUUGUUCGUCAUGACGAAGGUCUCUCUCUUGGCCAUAUCGCCGCUCCCGCUCACUACGCCGUACCCUUAGUACAGGCAGCACCUCUUGCACACUACGCUGCCCCAGUUGCCUAUGCUGGUCAUUACGAUGGUCACGAUGAAUACGCUCACCCCAAAUACGACUUCGCGUACUCAGUAGCCGACCCCCACACCGGUGACCACAAGUCCCAGCACGAGAGCCGCGACGGUGACGCCGUGCACGGAUACUACUCUCUGGUGCAGCCUGAUGGUUCCGUCCGCAAAGUUGAAUACACCGCUGAUGACCAUAAUGGAUUCAACGCUGUUGUUCACAACUCUGCCCCAUCUAUUCACCCCCAAGUCGCCUACGACGGUCAUUAUUAAUUUAUUAAAAAAAAUACCAUGUUAUAAAUGAUAUUUGUACAUAAAUUAUUAUUUAAUAAAUAUUAAUUUUAAUAC